UACAACAUAUCUAUUUUACAUUGUUGGUAUUAACUGCUAACUAUAUUCGCAUCAAAACGUUCAUCACCGAUCUCGACAUUUGAAGGUAGAUAACAACUAAAAGGCAUGAGCAGAAAUGAAGAUGAGACUUCAUAAUUCUAAGCACGUACAGUUUCAUGACAUCCAUGUCUCUUCUUUUGCUUGGAGAAGACAUUUUCCCCCUUCAAUGAAUCUUCUUCACUUGGGAACCUAGCACGAGGAAGAAUAACAAUCAGGGCUUGAAAGAUUCGUGGUCAUGUGUGUAUGGACUCCAACGGUUGAAGGUUUCCCGAGCUCCUUUUCCUACCAUCCCCCAUUAUCUAAGUGUGUGCAAUAUUGCCAUUCAAUUUUCAUACGGAUUGGUUCCAUGUGAAAUCGGAAAUAAUUGGAGAUGAACUUUAAAUGGUCAACCAUCACUACCUGCAGAACCCAUCAAACCAGUCCUCCGCCAACUAAAACCACACAAUUGCAUUUGAUCAAGAGAAAACAACCAUCUAUAUCAUGAGUAGAGCGAGCUAGUACUGAACUAGGUCUACAUAGCAGCAUAUUGUGAACCAGUUUGAUCUCACAAAUGCAAUUAACAGAUUCUGCCCUAGUGGGGGAAUGGGGAGAGGUCGAAUCAAACAUCAAGUUACUAGACAUAACCAUAACAGCAAUAAAAUCCUUCCAGCUCAAGCAGGAGAAGGAGCAAGAAAAAGACCAGUGCUUUAGGCUACUUAAAAGAAGGAUAAGCAAUUUUACACUUCAUAGAGAAACUGAGGGGGACAAGCUUGAUCCCAAAUGCAAGCAAGGGCAGGGAAGGGAAGAACUCAGACAAGUAGUUGGUUAGAAAAUGACCCGACUCACCAACAAAACAACUAUAAAUCGGAGUACUUCUCACAAACACGACCAAGGAACAAGAGAAACGCCAGCCAUCCAGAUCACAAAAAAGACAUGCACUCGACUUCAACAUGCAAUGCAGAUCCUGCAACAACUAAUAACCAUCCCAAUUCGACUCCUCCAGUUCUUUCCAAAUUUCCACAGUUCGGGUUACGAUCCUAACAACUCCUGCUGAAUUUCUCUACCCAAUCAAAUUCUACAAAGCAAUGAACUAACCAGCAAUUGAGAAACGUAAUUAUAAAGAUCAAUCAACGGGCCGGAAAGAAGACGAUUCUGAGACUAACCGAAUGCGAGAACCGUAAUCGUUGGGAGCGCAAAAAGUUUUGAUCUUGUAUGGACGCCGAGUAGUACAAUCCGUUUCUAGCGAGGCGGGAACAAGAGGAAACGGCGGAGCAAGAGGAAAGAAGGCAGAUUUGGAGUGAAGAGGAGAGAGUCGGAGAUGGAGAGAGCGAGGCAACAAUGGAGGAGGAGGAGAAGAUUCAUCAAGAUUCCUACCGUCGCUCGUGUGGGUAAUGGGUUUGGUCCCUGGCACGUGCCGGUUGCUUCUGCUUUCUUUUCUCAAAGCUUUGCUUGCAAGGUGGAUUAAUGGCGAAUGAAAAUGUGGCGGGUGCGGCGGUUUCAGUUGCCACCUCUACAAUUCUCACCAGAACCAAAUUACACACACGACACCGUGUCGUUGAAACGAAGACCCGAGACGACGUCGUUUCAAGUUUCCCUCUUUUUCUGAUGCAUUCUUUGGCGGCAAGUCAUCAAUCGUCUCUAACUAACUGAAAUUCGUCGCUCGGUCGCUGAUCGCAGUUCCAUUGACGGAGAAAAAGAUACGAAUCGGGAGAAAGGCGGAGUGGUGAUCGCGGCAGGAUGGGAGUCCAGGGACUGUGGGACUUACUCGCUCCGGUCGGCCGUCGCGUGUCCGUCGAGACGCUUUCCGGGAAGAGGCUCGCAAUUGACGCGAGCAUUUGGCUGGUCCAGUUCAUGAAGGCCAUGAGGGACGAGAAGGGGGACAUGGUGCGUAAUGCACAUUUGCUAGGGUUCUUUCGUAGAAUUUGCAAGCUGUUGUAUCUCAGGACCAAGCCUGUGUUCGUCUUCGAUGGAGGCACGCCUGCUCUGAAGCGGCGCACGGUUAUUGCAAGGCGGAGGCAGCGAGAGAACGCGCAGGCUAAGAUUCGGAAAACCGCCGAGAAAUUACUCCUCAAUCAACUGAAGACAGCGAGGCUGAAAGAGUUGGCAAAGGAUCUUGAAAACCAGAGGAAGAAUCAGAAGAAUAAUGUCAAGGGCAAGAAGGUUUUACCAGAGCCUGCAGCAAGCAGUUUGGAGAAUAGAGAUGCAACAUUUGAUCAUGUCAAUCAAGAGAAAUUGGAUGAGAUGUUGGCUGCGUCUAUAGCAGCGGAGGAAAAUGUGGGUGUAGAAAAUGCAUCAACAUUUGCUGGUCCGGAAAGGCAGGAUGAUGAAGAUGAGGACCUGAUACUGCCUGAGAUAGAUGGUGACCUGGAUCCGGAUGUAUUGGCUGCUUUGCCGUCAUCAAUUCGACGUAAAGUUCUGAUGAAGAAAAGGUCAAUGGUGGAAGACAGACAAUUUCAUGAUGAAACAAAGAUUGAAAACAGCAAGAAAAAUGAGAAGGGAAAGGAGGUAUUGUCGGACCCAGCCGAAGUAGAGGAGAACAAUUUUGAAGGGCUUGACAAAGGGAUGGAAAGUUUCAACCAAGAAAAGCUAGAUGAGAUGUUGGCUGCAUCUCUUUUAGCUGAAGAAGAUGGGAGUCAUAAGUAUAAUACAACAUCUGUUGCUUCUGCUCCCUUCGAGGGCGGUGAAGAUGAUGAUGAUGAAGAGAUGAUUCUUCCAACAGUCCCAGGGAAAUUUGAUCCUGCUGUCUUAGCAGCUCUGCCACCAUCAAUGCAACUGGAUCUUCUUGUGCAGAUGAGAGAGAGGUUGAUGGCUGAAAACAGACAACGAUAUCAAAAAGUCAAGAAGGCUCCUGAAAAGUUCUCCGAGCUCCAAAUACAAGCUUAUCUCAAAACUGUUGCAUUCCGUCGAGAAAUAGAUCAAGUGCAGAAAGCUGCUGCAGGGGGAAAUGUAGGUGGUGUUCAGACUUCAAGGAUAGCCUCUGAAGCCAACAGAGAAUUUAUCUUUUCAUCAUCAUUUACUGGGGAUAAGCAGUUAUUUACUUCUGGUGGAGUGCUGAGCAGUGGGGAUAAGCAACAACCACCACCAAGUGGGCUUCCAUCACAUUCUGUUAAAGAUGGUGCUUCUGGCAGUAACGCAGCUACAAUGGCAGGAAUUGGCCUUGAAGAAUCUGGAAAUGUUUUUGAUGAUGAUGUUGAAACCUAUACAGAUGAAAGGGGUCGUAUUCGAUUAAGUAGAGGACGUGCCAUGGGGAUGCGGAUGACCCGAGAUUUACAGCGGAAUUUAGAUAUAAUGAAGGAGAUGGAACAGGUUGAAAUUGAUGUUGCAAGCGUUCCCUCUAAGACCAUGGGGGGACAAACUAAUUCUGGAGAAGGAAUUCCUAGUGCAAGAACAGAAGUCAGAGGUUCAGAUGAUAAUAGUGUUGGAUCUACACAGUUGAACGAGAGAAAUGGACACCAUUUGAUAGAUAACAAUAGUUGUAUGCAGAUUUCAUUUGAGAUUGAUGGUGUUAGCAAGUCUUAUGAAAGUGAUGAUGACAUGUUCUCUUGUUUAGUUGCUGGACAACCAAUUGACAUCUCUUCUGUUGACAAUGAUACAACCCGGAAACAGGCUCUUGAUUCAGCUUCUGAUAGUGAUUGGGAGGAAGGGAGCAUUACGACAAAAUGGGAUGGUUCUUCCACCGACCCAGAGUUAGUAAAUAAGUCAUUCCUAAAGGCAAGCAACAAUAGCGAUGGCAGUGAAGUGGAAUGGGAAGAAGAACCAUCUGAGGUAAAAAAUAAGCUUUCGUGCCAGGUUCAAUCUGGGAAACCUGUUUCAAGAGGUGAGUUGCAGGAAGAUGCUGAUUUGCAGGAAGCCAUAAGGAGAAGUCUCAAGGAUCCAGGAAGUGGUAAAGGAUUUGCAGAAAAUGGUGACGAACUUGUAGUUAUUAAUCGAAGCGACAGUAGGCAAGUGUUGAAUAUGGUUAGGAAGGAUAUUCAGGAAAGUAAUAUAAACAUUGGCACUAUGGAAGCAAAUGAACCAUGUGGUCCAAGUACAGCUAAUGAGCCCCACAAGGUCUCUCGAAGCACAUUGUCUGGAAUGCAUGGUCUUGAUGAUAUCAGUAAGACAUGUCUAGAGCACACAGGUUCUAAGUUUGAAGAAUGUCGAUGGGAUACAAGCAAAGAGCUCAAGGCAAAUGGAGAAGUACAAUGGCCAAAUCCAGAGCAAUCUGUAGAUGCUACUACUGAGGCUGGUGGGUUAUCUACCACAACAACUAGUUUCUAUCCGGCUGAGGAUUCUCAUAUUUCUAAACCAGUCAUUGGUGAUAGCAUGAUGAGUGUUGGUAUGGACAAUGUUCAAACAGAAGCUUCCAUGUUUGUCAGGGAGGAUAAAGUUGCUCCUGAAACUGAAGCAUCACAUCAUUCAGUUGAGGAAACUAUAGCAAAUUCUUCUGGAUCAUACAUAGAGUCUCUUAGAGGAGAUUCAACAGCUCCUGAUGACAUUGAGGAACAAAUGGUUGGUGAGAAGAUCCUCGACACACAAUUUGCAUCAAAGAACAGCGAGAAUCAUGCUGCUGCUGAUACAAAUGAUGAGAAAGUUUUUUCACAGGCUACCGUAGAGGAGGAGAUACAUAUACUGGGUCAAGAAAUUAUGAAUCUGGAAGAUGAACAGAGAAAGCAUGAACGCAAUGCUGAAUCAGUCACCAGUGAAAUGUUCGCGGAGUGCCAGGAGCUUCUUCAAAUGUUUGGCAUACCAUAUAUAAUAGCACCAAUGGAGGCAGAAGCUCAAUGUGCAUACAUGGAACUCGCAGGCAUUGUUGAUGGUGUUGUAACUGAUGAUUCUGACGUUUUUCUAUUUGGAGCGUGUAGUGUGUACAAGAAUAUAUUUGACGACCGCAAAUAUGUGGAGACUUACUUCUUGAAGGAUAUUGAGAAGGAACUUGGCCUGACUAGAGAUAAACUAAUUCGUAUUGCAUUGCUUCUCGGGAGCGACUAUACUGAAGGAGUUAGUGGGAUUGGUAUUGUUAAUGCUAUUGAGGUUGUUGAUGCUUUCCCUGAGGAUGAUGGCCUGCAGAAAUUUAGAGAGUGGAUAGAAUCGCCAGAUCCAACCAUCCUUGGGAAGCUGGGUGGAAAGCCUCGCUCAAGUGGUAAGAAACAAGGAUCCAAAGUUGCUGACAGUAAAUUGGAUCCAUCUGCCAAGGACACUGCGUCAAUGGAUGGUAUUGACGAGAUAAAGCAGAUUUUUAUGGACAAGCAUAGAAAUGUUAGCAAGAACUGGUAUAUCCCUUCCUCUUUUCCAAGCGAAGCAGUCAUUUCUGCAUAUUGGUCGCCCCAAGUUGAUAAAUCAACAGAACCUUUCACAUGGGGAAAGCCAGAUCUUCACCUUCUUCUACGAUUAUGCUGGGAAAGAUUUGGCUGGAAUGUCCAAAAGUCGCAGGAGUUGCUUCUGCCUGUCCUGAAAGAGUACAACAAACGCGAGACUCAACUGCGGUUGGAAGCAUUUUACACUUUCAACGAGAGAUUUGCUAAGAUUCGAAGCAAGAGAAUCAUGAAAGCUGUAAAAGGAAUUACUGGAAAAUCAAGUUCAACCGUAUUGGAUGAUGUCCCAGAAGAAGCUCCUGAAUUGACUAAGAAAAGAAGAGCGACUCCUGCUGAGUCUGAACUUAAGUCAGCAGAAGGAUCUAUUCUUAGUAGCGACCACAAUCUUUCCGGGAAAUCAACGACUAAGAGAUCUAAGAAAGCAAGUACCACUGCGAAGGAUAUCUCAUCUGAAAAGGAGGAAUCAGGGCAAGAGUUGUUGUCAGGAAACAGGCAGCAGACUGCAGAAGGCUCAAACAAGGGUGGGAGAGGUAGGGGUAGUGGUGGAAGGAAAGGGAAAGGGAAAGGAAUAGGAAGUGGGAGGGGAAGGGGAAGGGGAAGGGGGAGGAGAUCUCGAGGUUUGGAACCAUCUGGACAGAGUUCUGGGGACACUGAGAGCAGCAGUGAAGAACACGAGGAUCAGAUUCAGAACUCAAAGAGGCCAAAUGAAGUGCGACGGUCGAAACGGUUGAGACAUCCUGUUAGUUAUACAUCCGACCUGGAAAUGGAUGACGUGAUCAAUUCAGUAGAUCCAGAUGGUAAAGAAGAGGCAGCAGGAGAAGCUAAAACCCAUCCAGGAUAUGCUGACUCGAGUCCUGCUGUUAGAGAACCACAGAAUCUGGAAGACGAUUUAUUAGUGCAGAUGGGUACAACACCUAGGGAGGAUCUCGAAACAGGAGGUGGUUUCUGCAUGGAUGAAGGUGAAGCUGGUAACCCCGAGGGUGGCAUUAGCAUUAAUCCUUCUGAAAGCAACGCUUCGAAAGAUUACUUAGAGAGUGGAGGUGGGUUUUGUGUGGAUGAAAGUGAUGCACACAAUAAUCAAGCUGAUGUCGUCAGCCUGUCUCCACCCCUCGAGGAAGAUUCCACCGAGAAGCCUCGUCAUGGUGGUUUGAUGAAUGAGGUCAAGUUUGCUGCUUUUUCAUCACUGAAUGCUGUGAAUGAAAGCGCAGCCGAUAAGGAUCCAUGCACUGAGACAUUGAGAACUACAGAAACUGAUGAUCAUCUGCAGUCCGGCAGCUCCUCUAUUCCUGAAAGCAUUGUAGAUGAUACCUUGGCUCCUGAAGCAGGAGGUCUAAGGGCGAUGCCUUUCUUGAAAAGAAAGCGAAGGAAGAGCUGAAAAGCAAGUGUAUGGUUGCUGGUGUGUAUGUCGUCGUAGUAGUAGUAUAUAAGUAAUAAUUAUCUUCUAUAUAAUAGCGGACUACACUUUAUUGGCCCAAACUUCCUACUACUGUUUCAAUUUCUGUCGUUUUGGGUGGCAACCAUUGAGAGAGCUUCGCAUAAUAGCUUCCCAAAAACUUCCUCGCGGCAGUCGGCCAUCCCUUCCCUCGUGCCCUUACCGUAAAAGCAGCAGUCGGCCAUGUCUGUCUGCGGUCGUACCCAUCCUUUCACCAUUCCACUUGCAUUUUUCAAGUUUGUAGGACUGCGAUUGUUGCUGCCGGAAGGAAAAAGAGGCCUCUCUUGCCCUGUUACACACUCGCUUCGUAUCUCCACUGACGUCCCUUCUCUGGCUCUUGGACUGUACCCUCACCCCAUUCCCAAAAUCUCGCCCCCAUUCCUCACCAUUCACCCCAAAUCCCGCCAUCCCGUUGUGCUUUUCCAUGGUACAAUCGCCUCAGCAACCCACUUCAGUACGCAAUCCACAGAGGAAGCCACCUCUCUCCAUUCUUCCUUCCCAACACCCACCCUGCCACCAAUUCCACCUUAUCUUUAGAUUUCUUUUCCUCCGAUACCCUAUUUCUUUGCAAGUUUUGUUUUUCUUCUCCUCUCUCUCUCUGAUGAGGAAACCCAACGAUGGCCGACGGAGAUGAGCCCAGUGGAGCCAUUCCCUGGAGCUUCCAACCCGUAAGUGAAAGAUAUAUAUUUGGUUGCUGCUUUGCGGUGGUUGAAUCUGAAUAUAUUGUUUUCAUGUGCUUUUUAUGCAGGAAAAUAGUGGUUGUGCUUGAAAUCACAUUUAAGAAGAGGUCAAGGUGGUUCUAAACAACCCUGUUGGUUGAAGAAGAAAAUGACGACAAGGGAUUUUCGGUGUUGCGGAAUCGGCGACAACUGGGAUAGUAGGGGAGGAAGGGUGGUGGUGUUGGUAGGAGGAUGAUGAAUGAGCGUCGCGGUGACUGGGGUAGUAAGGGAGGAAGGCUGGUGGUGUUGGUAGGAGGACGAUGAAUGAGCCUCGCAGUGGUGUUAGGGAUUGAAGAAGUUGAAGAUGGAAUCCCCAUUUUUUGUUCUCUUUCACUGCUAACAAUUAGGUUAAGUUUUCCUCUGAUAUUUCAGAAAGUGAUUUCCUUUUUGUAGCUGGAACUUAAAGAUAAAGAGUUGGUAAUCUACACACUUUGAUUUUUUGUGUUUUCAUAGGUAUUCUUGGAGUUCCUCACAUAUUUACUUGCUGCUGGUUUGUUUUUUUCCCACGAUCUUAAGACUGUGAUGGUUUGUUUUUUCCCCCACGAUCUUAAGACAAUGACCAGUAGUGUUCCAUUGCUUAUCCUUGCAAUAUUUAGUUCUCAUUGUUGGAUUGUUCUAUUAAUUAUGACAUGAUCUAUGUUAUUCCUCUACAGCAACAUGGAAGCUGCAGCUGGUGUUAGGAGCUGAACUACAUGUGGUUGCAGGUGCAAUACACAAGGAGGAGUUAAUCCACAAAUUGGUAUGUGUUUUAUUCUUCUCCUUCAUGUUGAUUUCUCUGUUCAAUUUAUAAUAUUGAUUCUUGGGAGUUAGAUCUGAAAUAAGUUGUUUUGGACUAGCUCUGCCGUUAUAUAAGCAUGUUUGCCAAUAAGUGUAAAACCUCACUCUUUGGAAGAUUAAUCCUGGUUUCAUGCCACUCUCUUAUUAACUGAAUUAAUUGACUUCAGUGACUGGUGGUGGUUUCCAGUUUCCACCCCCUAAUAACCUGUUGAAGAAUCCUUUUUUGCUUUCUUCGUAGUGGGUGGCUUUGUUUCCAUCCCCUAAACACAGUUAACAACUUCUGCUUGCUUUUCACAUGUACUUCACCAUGUUUCUCUAUGAUGAAGGCCAAUUAAUGCUUGCUUUUACAGGUCCUUUCCUAAAGUUUCAGUCAAAAGGAGGAAUGCUGCUAACAUUAUAUUCUGUAGAAGAUGAGCCUUAGUAUUUGUGUAUUGAAGCAUUCUACAUUAUGUAUUUAAUUUGUCAAUUCUCUAUUUCUUAGCAUUCUGUAAUUGUAUGGAUAUAGCACUACGGCUUUCCUAGAGUUCCAUAUAUAAUGAACUGCAAUGUUGACU